CAGUACGGUGUACGGAGCGAGACGCCGACGUGCCGAUGUGGCAGAAGCGGUCGUUUUGAUAACGUCGGCGGGUCACGUAAUAAUUUUGAUAAAAUUAGGUACGUUUCGACGACCGGCGGCGGCGACUGGUUACGAUUCGCGUACGUAUUAAAAUAUGUAUUGCUGUUUAAGAUUAUUGUAAUAAUAAUAGUGAUAAUAAUAAUAUCGUGGAACGUCCAACGUGUAAUUCGUCGAACCGCCGAAACCACACGUAAUAAUAAUAAUAACAACAACCACGACGAUAUUAUUAUUAUGCCAACAACACAGUUUUCCCGAUGACGCCGUUGUGAUCGACCCGCAAGCACAAGAGUUUCGAAUCGCGAGUGUACGCAAGUGCAUACGUAUUAUACCGACGGGAAAGAGGAGUCGCGCAGUCCGGUCGUGAGUGUGUAUUACCGGCUUGUCAAUCCGAACGCUCCAGCUGUUAGGGAACAUGUUUCAGUUCCGUCUGCCGCUGCUGGUGGUGUCCGUCGUCUUCGUUCUGUUGUCGGGCUACGCCGAUUUUGGGCGCUGCAACCAGGUCGUGUCCCGGUUCGAGUACAAGUACAGCUUCAAGCCACCAUAUUUGGCACAGAAGGACGGAUCCGUACCGUUCUGGGAGUACGGCGGAAAUGCUAUUGCCAGUGCAGAUAAUGUUCGAAUUGCACCAUCUUUAAAAAGUCAAAAAGGUGCAAUUUGGACAAAAAGUCAAACAAAGUUUGAUUGGUGGACAGUUGAAAUAAAUUUUAGAGUCAGCGGGAGAGGUAGAAUUGGUGCUGAUGGCCUGGCCUUUUGGUAUACAUCUUCUAAAGGUGACUACAGUGGUCCAGUAUUUGGUAGCUCCGACAAAUGGACUGGUUUGGGAGUAUUCUUUGAUUCUUUCGACAAUGAUGGCAAACACAAUAAUCCAUAUAUUAUGGGUGUAGUAAAUGAUGGAUCACAAGUUUUUGAUCAUGCAAAUGAUGGCUCUACUCAACAGUUAUCUGGAUGUUUGAGAGAUUUUAGAAAUAAACCUUUUGCGACAAGAGCCAAAAUUGAAUAUUAUAUGAACACAUUAACGGUAUUUUUCCAUAGUGGCAAUACUAAUAACGAAAAGGACUUUGAAAUUUGCUUCCGAAGCGAAAAUGUAUUUUUACCUAAGAAUGGUCAUUUUGGUGUAUCUGCUGCUACUGGUGGUCUUGCAGAUGACCACGAUGUUAAUCAUUUUUUGACAUAUAGUAUUUACCCACCGGGAACAACAUUCAAACCAACUGGUACAUCUCAGCAGAAUACCGUAGAUGAAGAAAAUAAAUUGACCAGAGAGUAUGCAGAUUACCAACGGAAAUUAGAUCAAGAAAAAGAAGAUUAUCACAAGCAGCAUCCAGAAACUAAAACAAGAGAAGAUAACGAGUUUGAAGAUUGGUAUGAAACUGAUAGUCAAAGAGAAUUAAAUCAGAUAUUCUCUGGUCAAAGCCAGAUUGUAGAUUCUGUAAAAGUAUUGAGCCAAAAACUUGAUGAAGUUGUUGGUCGUCAGGAACGAACUCUCAGUUUGCUAUCGAACGUUCAAUCUACUAUGGCGGUUGUUGGAUCAAUGGGUGGUGCACAAGGACAACCUCAUGUACAAAUUCCACAAGGGAAUGCAGGAAUGGGAAGACAAGAUGUUGAUUUACUGAUCAACAACCAAAAUGGAAUUAUAAGCUCUGUGAGAGAAGUCAGGAAUUUAGUGGCAGAAGUACAUUUAAAGACUGAAAACAUAAUUAAAAACCAAGCUCAUCAACCAACAGCUCAAGUUCAGCCAUUAGGCUACGACCAGGUAUCAAUUAUACAUGAAAUCAGAGACUCAUUGAAUACCAUCAAACGGGAUGCAACACAGAAGGCUGGGUAUUCGCAACAAUUGUCUUGUCCUACAUGUGCAACCAAUACAAUUGUUGUGGUUGUUGCAGUGGGUCAAACGUUAUUGUUUAUUAUCUAUGCUUUCUAUAAAAACAGUAAAGAAUCCCAAGCCAAGAAAUUCUAUUGAACCUUUGAAAUAAGAACAGAACUAUCAUAAUACUAUGUAUAUAAUUAGGAGAUUUCAUUAAUUAUUGCAAUUGUGUUAAAAUGUAAUUGAUACCUCUUAUGAAUAAGAUAAUAGUAAAAAUGUAUUUUUUUGGUACAGGGAUGAAUCUGCAUGAUAAAUCUACCAAAAUAGUUUUUUUUACCAUGUAAUUAACGACUUAUUAUUUAAUUAAGAUAAUUUUUUUAAGGUUGUUUUACUUUUCAUUACAAUAAGAAUGUGUUGUGAUUUAUAAAAUAAAAAUUAUGAUAUAAAUUUAAUUAAUUCAUUAUUUGAUUCAAAA